AUGGGCAGGCAGAAAGAAGUCCUGGCAGCCAUAGGCCAUAGGAUGAGGAUCAGGAAUAAACUCAUCCGACAAGCUCUGGCCGAAUGCCUGGGGACCUUGGUGCUGGUGUUGUUUGGCUGCGGUUCAGUGGCUCAAAUUGUCCUCAGCAGGGGCACCCAUGGGGUGUUCCUGACGGUCAAUCUGGCUUUUGGCUUUGCUGUGACGCUGGGAAUUCUGAUCGCUGGACAGAUCUCAGGUGGCCAUUUGAACCCGGCCGUCACCUUCGCAAUGUGCUUUAUGGCUCGAGAGCCCUGGAUAAAGUUGCCUGUAUAUGCUUUAGCGCAAACCCUUGGCGCAUUCCUGGGAGCUGGCAUCGUUUUCGGCUUGUACUAUGAUGCCAUUUGGGCCUUUGGUGGGAACCAGCUCUUCGUCACCGGUGAGAAUGGCACUGCCGGGAUUUUCGCCACUUACCCAUCAGAGCACUUGAACUCCGUGAAUGGAUUUUUUGACCAGUUUAUUGGCACAGCGGCCUUGCUUGUCUGCGUUUUGGCUAUCGUCGACCCCUACAACAACCCCGUCCCCAGAGGUCUGGAGGCGUUCACCGUCGGCUUUGUGAUCUUGGUGAUCGGGACUUCCAUGGGCUUCAACUCCGGAUAUGCCGUUAACCCAGCCCGAGACUUUGGCCCUCGCCUCUUCACGGCCAUCGCUGGCUGGGGCACGGAGGUUUUCACGACGGGCCGGCAGUGGUGGUGGGUGCCGAUCAUCGCCCCUUUCCUGGGAGCCAUUGCCGGUGUGGGGGUCUACCAGCUGAUGGUGGGCUGCCACGACGAGCCGCCUCCCGAAGCGCUCGAUGAGGAAAACGUCAAGCUGUCCAAUGUGAAGCAACGGGACAAUGUUUGAAGCGGUCAGGGAAA